AGGGUUCCAAGUGUGUGAGUUUUUUAGGUUCCCUCAACGACAAGAAAACGGAGCAGUUGCUCCUGCUUCUUAACCGAUCGAACUAUCGUGUGUAUGUUGUGUGAAGGAAGUAUAGCCAAUAAGUAGUUCAGUUCUGAUCGUUUUCAUUUGUUUCCACAAAUUUAUAAUCUUUCUCUCUACCACCAGCAUAUAUUUUCACCAAAAAAAAAAUUGUAAUUCCUACCAACUCAACCUUGAAAAGAAGAGCUCAAUCAUCUACCAAUACCAAUAGCAGAAGGCCUCGGAAUAAUUGUCCUACGGAGGUGGAUCGAGAUUAGUGCGGGAGAGUGUGGCGCCGGACAUCAUUUUCAAGGGUUUAUCUCAUCAUCAUCCCAAGAGCUUACUCACAAGCUUUUCCCCCAGUCUCAGUCUGUGUAACAAAAAGUAAGAACGAGUUCUUUACAAACACAACGUACACAUACUUCCUUACUUUCUAUCAAAUUCAUAGUACUGCCUUUAGACGGUUAGCUACCAUCUUAGCCUCUUCAACAACAGGAGAGAGACACAUACAGCAUCGACGAUUGUUGUUUUCUCCGAGGAUUUGUGUUUGCAGAAGAUCCGAAUCCCUGUGAGAAAGCAUCAAAGCCUCUUUGUUGUACCGAAGAUUUAGUCUCGCGAACAGCUUUCGUGGAAACGAAAAUUUCCUAUAACGGUAUAGGAUUUUUUAUUUUUUCACCCGUUCGCAUGCAGAUGAACUACUCCGUGUGCUAAAGAAUACAACGCACUGAAUCAAUAUUAUCUAAUAGGCUAAUAUACACCGCUGGGCUAUACUGAAUCAAUAUUAUCUAUACAUAUACCGCUGGGCUAGUCCACUUCGAAAACAUGUCCUAUAGUUAGCUUACAAAAGAAUAGCUUAGUAGAUAGAAGCUGGCUAUAGAGGUUUCCUCCUCCUCCUCCUAUUAUCUAAUAGGCUAACGUGAGGGCAAGCUUUGUCACUGUUUUCUAGGCGCUGUUCAUAGCGCUGUCCUUUAUUCAUUAAGGAUUUCACUUCCGAAGAACUUGCAAUCAAAUUGCUCUUCACAUUCGUGAGGCGGGUCCUGAUUUUUUGAAACCAGCGCAACCAACUCGACAACAAACGUAAACUUUCCCAAGGGGGGAGGAACUAACACCUCUCACAGUGGGAGGACGACGAACACUAGAAUCAGCGACGAAGGAAGAACACCUUCCAAGCAGAGACCUCGCACUUCUAUCUACUUCGCGUCAGCCUACUUCGCACCGCCCGCCGGCCGUUCUAGCGCAGUUGCGCGAAGACCAAAUCGGAUAUGGCGGCAGCAGUAGCACAGAACGUAGAAGAACUCGGAUCUGCCCUCGCUCCACUGGCCGCCCCGGCGCUACUCACCGACGAGUCGUCGCUGAUCUGCGCCGACGUGCUGGCCCCGGAGAAGGGAGAUCUCGAGAAUGCAAACAAUGACACCAGCCCCUUGCUGGACAAAAACAAGGAGGCCAUGGCCACCGUUCUCAACAUGAGCAACGACGAGAAGCGCGAGUUGCUGAAAUCGGUCGUGUGUCGCCACUAUCUCAAGGGGAACUGCUUCAAAGGUAUAAUUUUCAGCGGGUGUUUCUUUGAGUACACGACACUUUUGGGAAGGUGCGUCUUUGUUAUUGUUUUCAUCAGAAGUAGUGAGCAUGAGAAAAAUUGGGUGAAAGCGGAUGGUGUAUGCUGCUAUGUCGCUGAGAACAAAGAGCAUCUGAACAAAUCGAAACAGGAUCCCGUUGCCGCUUCAAGCACCCGGUGGACCCGACGGAUGAAGCGUCUGCCUGUGUCAACGAGAAUCCUGACCUGUCCAAGGGGAAGUCCUCGCUCCCCCGUCCCAGCAAAACCAAGAAGAACAGCAAGCAAAGUACGACUACACUUUCCGCCACUCCGGCUGGCGGGAUGGUGAAUAACGGCAAACCUGCGAGUACGACUAAGAAAGCGACUGCUCCGAUGUUGCACAACAAUUCUCAAGCAGCCCAGCAGAUGAGUGACAUGUUCGGACAGUUCUCUGGACCUCUCGGAGGCAACAACCAGAACAACAUGAACAAUGGUGCCACUACGAUCCCCAGCUGGAUGCGCAUGCGCGCAGCGGACAACUACAUGACGUACGAUAACCUGCAUGGACUCGGUCCUGCGACGGCUGGAGCACCAGCACCGCCCCCGCGUGGCAACGGUAAUUCUUGGGCGAACACCUCCAGCUCGACCGCGCCCGCGAACUUUUACGACGGGUUUUCGUCUAGUCAGAACGACCACAACUGGAACAUCACCGGGAGCAUCAGCGCUCCGCCGAUGGGUAGUAGUACAACUGCUGCUGGUUUGCACCGCCACAAUGUCACCAUUUCGCAAGGACCGACUACUACCAAAUCCAAGAAGCACCAACAGAACAUCAACAGUCAUCAGCGCAUCAAUUUGGAUGUUGAGCAGCCCACGACCAACACUUCGAACGCCACGAUCAACACCCGCACCGGCACGGGGUCGAGUUCCGACCAGCCGGGGAGCUCCUCUUCCAACACCGCGGGGCAGAGCAACGGCUACGUGGCGGGUGGUUCGAGCUCCUCGACCUCAGGGAACAAUAACCACCAGUCUACUUCUUCCAAAAUCCGAUCCAAGACGGUGAAAAACGCGGCGCUGCCGCCGCGCAAGCCCCCGGGGUUGGGGUUUUCGCGGGACGUGACACGGGAAAUGGAGAAUGGUAGUACCAACUCGCCGACUAAUGGUUCGUUAGUGAACAAUCUAAGUACGGAGACCACGACCAAUGCGAAUACGUCGACGGGGAACGUGACCACCACGUCCUCGUUCGGCGCAGCGCGGGCCUUUCGGGAGGACUUUUCGCCAAACAGCCGGCUGCGGGACGACACAAUUAUCAAUAACUCUUGGAACAACCGCAACGCGAAUCGCCAGUACUACAGCCCGGUGCGAGCCAAUCACGUCGAGGACCAGCGCGGGAACAACAGCAACGGCCUGUCCCCGACCGGGGCCGCGUCGGGAGGUGUUGAUGCAGCGACUUUCAACAACCGCGAUCAGCACAGUGCUGGGACAAAUGAUACGGGUUCGACGUUUUUCCACACGAGCGCAAGUUUGUUGCAAUCGCAAUUCCACCCGGUGGGUCCCACGUCGUACCUGGAUCUCCAACACGACAGUUACAAUCCGUUGUAUGGCAACACGCACUCGGGGUUCGGCCCCCUGGCUGCGAGUACUUCGAAUCCGAUGUUGAGUAGCAGUGGCGCAGCUGGUGCAGCUCCCGGCUUUAUUCCCGGAGCAGGCAACCACGGGUACGGCAACUACGGUUCAUCUUCCGUCUACGAUCAGUUCGCUCCUUUCGGAGGUCAUCACGGUCAGGGAACUGCUGCAGGAGGGGGUCCAGCACACAACUACAACGACCUGAAUUCCGGCGCUGCGAUAUCAAAUGCAAAAGUGUCUGGGUCUGGAAACUUGGACCUUGUAAUGCUAGUCCUACAUUCCUGUAAGAUCUGUAUUGCAUGACUAACAAAGAAUCGCCCCCUUUGGUCAUAUUAAAGCGCAGUUUGUCAUGCGGAAUGCGCAUCACAAAGUGUUCGGCAAACUUGUCAUGCUUGGCUGCCUUGGGAAGUAUUUCAGUCGUGCACAGUUCAGCAUCACAAGUUUCCAGACCCAGACAUUUUUGCACUUGAUAUGCGACGAUGGGUAGCAACACGAACACGUUGGCGUCGAACCAGUACAGCGGGUACAAUCUGGCUUCGCUGUCCAACGCGUCGUCCACGGGAAAUUUUGCUUACAACCAACUGGAGCACCAGCAAGGCGGAAGAAAUUCUUCUGGCGCGGCCCCGCUGCACCCGCACGAGCCGAACGCAGCUGGGUCCUCGUCGUCUUUGCGCCGGCAACAGUACGCGGACACCCUUUCGAGUCACAUAUGAAUUGCAAAUAUGUCUGGGUCUGGAAGAGUGCAAACUUGUGCUGCGCAUUUCACAACACAUAAAAAUCUCUCAUGCGUAGGCAGCAAAAGCUGCCCACUUUCUGUCAUCAAAAUCGGGCAUUUGUGAUGCAGAUUCGGCAUUGCGGCAGCGUCUCGAAACCUGUGGUGCUAGACCUUCCAUGCCAUACCUUCUGUGUCAUGCAAAAGCAGCACGACUCUUCCAGACCCAGACACUUUUGCAUUUGAUAUCACACCAAUUUGCGCCAUUUACCCUCCAGCCUGCCCGAGGACCCGCAGAGCCAGCAGCUGGUGUUGUCGUUGGUCACGGAGUUGCUGGGCGUGCUCCAGCGCCAGCAGCAUCCGGACGCGAACGGCAACGUGCGGCGGCCGCUCUCCCCGGGAGCAACCCUGAUGUACGCCGACAGCGCGCAGUUGGCGGCGGCGAACGGCGAGCGCGGGGCCAUGGAGACGUACUACACGCGGCGGAGUCAGUCGCGGCAGUACACGGCGGACACCUACGAGGAUGGGUUCAGCACCCCCGAGGAGCUGUUCCACACCAGCAGCCAGUUUAUGCAAUGCAAAUAUAUCUGGGUCUGGAAGAAUGCAAACUUGUGAUGCGCAUUUCACAACACAAAAAAACUUCUCAUGCAUAGGCAGCAAAAGCUGCCCACUAUCUGUCACCAAAAUGGGGCAUUUGUCAUGCCGAUUCGGCAUUGCGGAAGCUUCUCGAAGCCUGUGAUGCUAGCGCUUCCAUGCCAGACCUUCUGUGUCAUGCAAAAACAGCAUGACUCUUCCAGACCCAGACACUUUUGCAUUUGAUACAGUUGCGGUAGAAGCAAAAAUUCUUGCAGUGAAAAAACAUCAUCGAUUCAAACAUCGUGUCUGAUUUUAGAGAUACGAUUUGAAGUGUUAGUAAAAGAGAAGUAGUAGUCACAACUUUUUGUUUUUCAUCAUCACGCUCGAAAGCGGUUUGUGUCGUGCGACAUCCAAUAUAAUCAAUAUCUCGUGCUUUAUUGUUUCCUGAAAGAACUGGAAAUUUGCGAGUAACUACAAACCCACAGUCACGACGCGGUAAACUCCGACAUCAUAUUAUGCCGAGAUAAGAUCGAUAAUAGAUACUACCACACCUAAUAAAACAAAAACAAAAAAAAAUACAGCCAGGAUACUAGGACUGCGCGCUCUGCCGUGUUGUGCGAAAAGAUUAUUAUGUCGUCAAUGAUGUUGCGAUGAACGAUUUAAGCUGAAAAUCAUGACCGUUAUAUCAAAGAUCAGUGCGACCGCAACGGAAAAAGUACGGGGCUUUUUUUCCCAACCGCGGAUGACAUGGGAAGAAGUCAGCCUUGUUUCUCUGUCGUCAUGCAGGGUAAGAAUCGUCUCGAAUAAGUGCGGUCUUGAUCAUGAAAGUCGAAAGUAGUGGAACGUUAGGAACAAAAAAAAACAGAUAUACAAACCUGUCAAAAUUUCUUGAAAAACAGUUUUCUACUUAUAGUGUUUACCCCUUUUUUUGCUUCUUCUAACGGAAAAAUAGGUCUUCUAAUAGUCACAGCAAGCUUACAACGAAACCGGCUUUACAACUCUUUGUAGAUGCAUAAACGACCAAUAGUUAAUCGACACGCUACUUUCUUCGCUACAUGUAUACGGUAGAGUUCUGCACCCUGUCGUGAAGAUGCACUGCGCCACGAGUGCACUGCGCCUUCUCGUCGGUGCAACGGUGCAAAAAA